GUAUUACUCGGACACGGGUAUCCCAAAGAAAUAUCUGAGCGACAACGUCUGUGCUGUUUGUGGGGACGAUUUUAUGCCUCAGAGCGAUGAUCAACUGAUACUAGAAUGCAAUCACAAGGUGCACCAUAAUUGUAUUAAGGGCUGGAUGAUUGUAGGUAAAAAGCAAACUUGCCCGUACUGCAAAGAAAAGAUAGAUCUCAGGAAGAUAGCGCCUUCCCCGUGGCUAUCGCAGGACGUUGCCUUCGGUGCUUUACUGGAUGGCUUAAGAUAUUUGGUUGCUUGGCAACCGCUCAUCAUACUCACGGCGCAAUCGCUAAUAACGAUGUUCCAUUUACAUUAAAGACUC